AUGGCCAAUGGCGUCACUACAGUUGAAUGCGAGAAACAAGUUAGAUCAUGGAGGGUGCUACGUUCUCUCAUGCAACUCCUAAUACCCACAUGCAACUGUGCCACCAUUAUAGAAGACCAAGAUGUAACAUCAAACGAGUGCCACCGAUACCCCACCAGAUACUAUUCACCAUCACUCGUGAUGAGCUCCACCACCAUCACUGGCACCAUCUUCGGAUACCGCAGAAGAAAGGUGAGCUUCUGCAUUCAGGCAAACGCCAACUCCAACCCUAUUCUCCUCCUAGAGUUGGCAGUUCCAACAACCAUCUUGGCCAAGGAAAUGAGAGGAGGAACUCUCAGAAUCGCUCUGGAGUGUGGCAAUGGUGACAGUGACGAUAAUAAUAACAACACAAACACGCUUUUGUCCACUCCUCUGUGGACUAUGCACUGUAAUGGGAGGAAAGUGGGGUAUGCCGUUAAGCGUAGACCCUCCAAAAGUGAUUUUGAAGCGUUGAGGAUGAUGCGUUCCGUUGUGGUGGGAACCGGGGUGAUGAAGUGCAAGGAAAUGAUUAACAAAGAAGAUGGUCACCUUAUGUACCUUAGAGGGAGGUUUCAGAGGGUUCGUGGCUCAGAAAACUGUGAAUCAUUCCACUUGAUUGAUCCUGAAGGGGACAUGGAUCAGGAACUUAGUGUUUUCUUUUUUAGGUCCAGGUGA